CUAUUUGUCAAAUAUUUCAGUUGCUUUCAUGAUCCAUAUAUAUAUGCAAAAUUUCUGUUCCUGCGUUGUUGAAUUUGGAUAAUUCUGUGCGUUUAUACCUAUUUUCCUUGCUAGACUUUUGAAAUUCUAGAGUAGUUCCAAAGGAAGUAAAUCCAAAGUAAAGGCGAAGGUAUGUCGGAUAUUAAAAGGGACUCCAGCCGUUCGCCUGAGAACGGCUAUUUGGAUGAUUUGAUAGCUGACACAAGUUCACUGAUAGCAUCCGUUUACGAAAUAUUAGAAACGCCACGACGACCUACAGCAGUAACGGCGACGCCAUUACUUGGGCGCAGAUCACACAACAACAGCGACAGCAGUGGCCAACUUGGCGGCUCAAAUUCAAGUCCUAAUUCGCCCAAGUCUCCAAAGACACCACGCCUGUGCCCACUAAACAGAGUACCCCUUUCAACACCAUCAACCAGAGAAAUUGACAGGGAAAUCAACAGAAUUGAUCGUUUUUGUGAAAUGUUGGAGCAUAAUUUACGCUCAGUAGCACAGGAACAAGAGCAACAGAUCGAGGGGCGGUUAGAUUCAACUUCACCAAACAGCCCAGCCCGUGGAGCUGUCAAUAGAUCUCCAGGUAAUACUCCCCAGCGUGUUUCCGAACAAGUUCUAAAUCAGAAUAGCUCUCCAACUCCAGACGUAGUUUUGGUUGAUCUUAGUGAUUCAAUGCAUAUACCUGCCCCAAUAAGACCUCCGAAUCAAUUAAAUAUGAGUGACGAUGUUAUCAUUGUAACGCCAAGUGAAGAUGAAAUCGUUGAUCUUUGCACGCCUACAAUCGUUCGAAAGAUCUUCCAUUGUAGAACCAACUUUAAUGAUAGGAUGUUUCCAAAUUCCGAUGUGAAUGUAAUUGGUACUAUAAAUGGUGGCGGAACAGCCGAACUUCCGAUUGCACAACCAAUAAACGACUAUAGACCUUCAUGGCGACGCUCAUUAUCCUCGUAUAUGUCUGGGGAAAGGCCAAAUGUUGCCAGUUCAUCGCGUAAUUCCGUUUCAGCAGCAACUUCAAGACCAAGUAUUGGCAACGUAAAGAAUCGGAGCAACCACCAAAAUAAGAAUCGUGCAAAUAGAGCGCCUGGUGCGCCUUCUAACGUUUCCGUCGCCACUGUAACGACCAACAACAGCACGAGCAGCAACAACAAUAACAACAACAAUAACAGCGGUCGUGCACCACUAAUGUGUGCAGUAUGCAUGGAAAGCAGCAUUAAUAAUCAACCUACCUCUACCAAAUGCGGCCAUGUAUUCUGUGCUAAUUGCAUACGCCAAGCUUUACGGUUGACACGCAAAUGCCCCAUGUGCAACACAAAGCUCACGCCAAGCAUGCUGUUUCGUAUAUAUGUUUAAGUGAAGUCUGAAACUGGCGACAAAGAUGAAUUUGCACUUUUGCGUUUAAGACAAAGCAGACUGGUUUUUGCAAAGUUCCGAAUGUCUAAUUAGCACCGUCUUACAUGUUAUCUGUUGCUCUGAUUCUGUCAAUAGAAAUUUAAUGUUUGAAUGUAUAUCCAUAAGUGAUUCUAUUUAGCAAGAACUUACUGAAUUUUGUUUUACCUAAAUUAAAUUAGUCCACACAUAAGUUGUUAUUACGCUUAUUGUAAUUAUAAGACGGAU